ACCAAAAGACCCCUUCUGACGUUUCGAUCUGGCGUUAACCGGAGCGAUGCUUUCGUGUUCGUUCAUUUUGUAUUUACGCUGAAAAUUUAACAUUAAUCGGCAGUUUUAUCCUCCUAAACUAUAAUUUAAUCGGUGAAAAAGUAUCUCAGACGGUUGUUUAAUGCAGAAUUGUUCGGAUUAAAAGUGCUAAGUUAUCCUUGGAGUUCUGAAUCGCACUUGAACAACAAUCGCCAAGCAAGCAGCCCAGGGGAUGGAUUCGGACGAGAGCGGCUCGAAGGGGAAAGGCCGCGGUCGGGGUCGAGGAUCCCGUGGUGGCGCUCGAGGAAGAGGCCGUGGUCGUGGCCGAGGCCGGGGCAAGAAAGCAUCCCGAGUGAUAUCAUCCGAUGAGGAGGAGGAGCCAGUCGGCUCGCCAGAUCCCGAAAAGGACAUCACCGAUGAACCGGCGGAGAUUGCCUCGCCUCCGAAGGGAAGCGGAGGAGCGACGGUGACCGAGUCGGAAACGAUCAAGGAACCAUCGGUGGAGAAGGAUGUCACGGUGGAUGAGCCUAGCACAGUGAGUGGACCGAUUGUGAUCGAUAUGGAGGCGGAUAUUUCCCAGCUGGAAGCGCCGACGUUUACGACCAUAACGCGGGGCCCACCGGAACCGAUGUUGAGAUUGAAUUGGGACCACAAAGUGAACCUGAUCGGCGAGAAGGUCCUGAAUCCGAUGAUAUACAUCUGCGACCAGUGCAACAAGCCGAUCCUCAUCUACGGUCGGAUGAUUCCCUGUAAGCAUGUCUUUUGUUUGAAGUGCGCUCGCUCGGAGAACCUCAAGAUCUGUCCCCGCUGCAAGGAGAAAGCGGUCCGAGUGGAACAGACGGGUUUGGGUACCGUUUUCAUGUGUACCCACGGUGGAACUCGAUACGGAAGCACCGGUUGCCGCCGGACGUAUCUUUCACAGCGCGAUCUGCAGGCUCAUAUAAACCAUCGGCAUGUGACCAAUCCGCCACAGCCGGUGCCUCCGCCGGUCAUCCCCCAGGCACCUCAACCGCAGCAGAUCAUUGACACGAAAAACGUCGGGGUCACUAACUCUCCGGUGCGGAAGAAUUCCUGCGAACAGAUGAACUCUCCGAGGGCCACAGCCGGAGGGCAAGGUCCACUACCCCUCAACUACGUGACCAGCGGGUACGGGUCCUCAACUAGUGCUACUCAAUUGAUUCAUAACAUGUCCAUAAGUCCACAAACUGCGCAUCUCUCCGGUCGAUCGAACUAUACCCAGCAAUCGUCGCCGCAGCAUUCGACGGGCUCAUCCAGCUGGGGACAACAAUCGUCGCAAUACUACCGAUAGGUUCGUAGCAGCCCCAGGAAAUCGCCGUUUCUUUCGAAAGACGAACGUCACAGUAGAAGUAACAAUCAUUUCUCUGAUUAUUUAUACACUAAGAAUAAUGACAUUGCAGCAAAUACAUGUUUUAGAUAAAUCUAAUCUAAA